UUGAGAUAAAGUUAGUAAUAUAAUUUCUCUUUGUGACUAUUCAACGUUUUCUGAGGUAAAAGCUCAACAAUAUUUAAUAUGACUGAUCGUUUCGGAUUAAAAUGGGACCCCAAAAAUUUAGAGAUUAGAACAAUGUCUGUAGAAAAGACACUGGAACCUCUAGUGUUGCAAGUUACAACACUUGUAAAUACUAAGGGGCCCAGUAAAAAGAAGAAAGGUAAAUCUAAACGUGCCAAUGCUCUUGUGAGUACUGUGGAAAAAGCUACUGAAAACUUUAUUGAAAAGGGAGAGCAAAUUGCCUAUGAAAAUCCAGAUAUUACUGAUGAAAUGCUAGCAGCAGUAGAAGAAGUGAAGAAAACAGGCACUGCUAUGAGUGUAGCAGCAAGGGAAUUUUCUGAAGAUCCUUGUUCUUCGCUGAAAAGAGGCAAUAUGGUCCGAGCUGCCAGAAAUUUACUAUCAGCAGUAACACGGUUACUUAUUCUGGCUGAUAUGGUUGACGUUCACCUUUUACUGAAAUCCUUACAUGUAGUAGAAGAUGAUUUAGAGAAAUUGAAAAAUGCAUCAAGUCAUGGUGAACUUCUUGAUAAUAUCAAAGCUUUCGGGCAAAAUGCCAAUGAGUUGAUGAAUCAGGCAGCUAAACGGCAACAGGAACUCAAAGAUCCACAACUUCGAGAUGAUCUUGCCGCAGCUAGAGCUGUAUUGAAGAAGCAUUCUACCAUGCUGUUGACAGCUUCCAAAGUUUACGUUCGUCAUCCUGAAUUGGCAGCUGCUAAGGCAAAUAGGGACUACGUAUUGAAACAAGUUUGUGAGGCUGUCCAUACUAUCAAUGAUGUUGCACAGGGUCGUACUCCGCAACCAGCUUGUGGACCUUACGAUGGCCCAGGUGAAUUGGCUGCAGCACUAGACGAUUUCGAUGAUCACAUGGUGAUGGAACCAUUAGCUUAUAAUGAAGUUCAUACUAGACCAUCUCUUGAGGAAAGAUUGGAAAGCAUAAUAAGCGGAGCAGCCCUCAUGGCUGAUUCUAGUUGCACCAGAGACGAGAGAAGAGAAAGAAUUGUUGCUGAAUGUAAUGCUGUUAGGCAGGCAUUACAAGACCUCUUGUCAGAAUAUAUGACUAACAUGGGAAAUAAGGAUAAGAGUGAAAGCCUCAAUAGAGCUAUUGAUAAUAUGGGAAGGAAAACCAGGGAUUUGAGAAGACAGUUGAGAAAAGCCGUUGUUGAUCAUGUUUCUGACAGUUUCUUGGAGACCAAUGUACCAUUGUUGGUUCUCAUUAAGGCUGCUCAAAAUGGAAAUGAAAAAGAAGUGGAGGAAUAUGCAGUUGUCUUCACAGAACAUUCCAAUAAAUUGGUUGAAGUCGCCAACCUCGUUUGCAGCAUGUCUAAUAAUGAGGAUGGCGUGAAAAUGGUCCGUUACGCAGCAGCUCAAAUAGAAAAUCUCUGCCCUGAAGUAAUAAACGCUGCUCGUAUCUUGGCAGCCAGACCUCGUAGCAAAGUUGCUCAAGAAAAUAUGGCUGCUUUCAAACAGUCUUGGGAGAAUCAUGUCAGAAUUCUCACGGAAGCUGUCGAUGAUAUAACGACUAUUGAUGACUUUUUGGCUGUCUCGGAGAAUCAUAUUUUAGAGGAUGUCAAUAAAUGUGUUUUGGCAUUACAAGAAGGGGAUGCUGACACAUUGGACCGUACAGCCAGUGGUAUUCGUGGAAGAUCGAACAGGGUUUGCAAUGUUGUUUCUGCUGAGAUGGACAAUUAUGAGCCGUGUAUAUACACGAAGCGCGUACUGGAAGCUGUCAAAGUGCUCAACGAUCAAGUAAUGCCAAAAUUCACUCAAAGAGUUCAGGUUGCGGUGCAAGCAUUAGGAAACAAUCCACCAAAAGAAGUUGAUGAAAAUGACUUCAUAGAUGCGUCUCGCUUGGUUUAUGAUGGAGUGAGGGAAAUACGUAGAGCCGUGUUGAUGAAUAGAGCUGACGAAGAUUUGGACCCAGAGGAUGUUGAACUGGAUGAAAAUUAUACAUUGGAGACCAGAAGCAAAUCGAGUGCUCAUACUGGAGAACAUGGUGUUGAUGAGUAUCCAGAUAUUAGCGGAAUCACCACAGCACGAGAAGCAAUGGGAAAAAUGCCGGAAGAAGAUAAACAGAAGAUUCUGCAACAAGUGGAAUUCUUCAGAAGUGAAAAACUUAAAUUUGACCGUGAAGUUGCCAAAUGGGAUGAUACUGGAAAUGACAUCAUCGUUUUGGCCAAACAUAUGUGUAUGAUCAUGAUGGAGAUGACUGACUUCACAAGAGGUCGUGGACCAUUGAAAACGACAAUGGAUGUAAUAAAUGCAGCAAAGAAGAUUUCAGAAGCUGGAACCAAACUGGAUAAACUCACCAGGCAGAUAGCAGAGCAAUGUCCGGAAAGCUCAACUAAGCAGGAUUUGUUGGCUUAUUUACAACGUAUUGCCCUUUACUGCCACCAAAUGAACAUUACCUCCAAAGUUAAAGCAGAUGUCCAGAAUAUAAGUGGAGAGUUGAUUGUCUCUGGUUUGGAUAGUGCUACAUCUCUGAUCCAAGCAGCAAAGAAUUUAAUGAAUGCAGUAGUUUUGACCGUCAAGUCUUCGUAUGUGGCAUCUACGAAAUAUCCUCGACAGGGAACCAUUGCUGUAAGUGACUUUUCUAUACUAAAGCAGAUCAUGUUUGAACACAUAUGUCAGAGGUUUGAAUGCAUGAAAAUUUGUUACGAAUUCGGUGUUCCAUUGUCUAAACAGGUGCCAACAGAUUUGAAAUAAAUGAAAUUUUAAAAU